AUGAGUGAAUACCCAAGAAGAGGCAGAGGUUACAGUAACUAUAGAGGUCGAGGUCGUCGAGGCUAUGGCUACGACAGUUAUCCUGGCCGUCAGUAUCAAGACCUGUACCGUCAAGAACAUUACGACAAUCAAGAUUACCAGUAUGAUCAAUACGACCAUUAUUCUAGCCUGUACUACCAUGGCUCCCACGCCCGUCCACAUCAAGGAAAUUACCAACCUUCAGGCCAUCAUCAGCCGUCUCACCAUAAUCAUGCUACACAAAACCCCAAUCAGAGCCAUAGUCACAGCCAGAACCAUGUUCAGAAUCAUCAUAGUCAGACCAGUCAAAAUAAUCACAUCCAGAACCAUAGCCAGAGCCACAGUCGAGGCCAAAGCCAAAGUCACAACCACCAGACACAACAUCACGUCCCCACCCCAUCGGUUCAAACUACCACCAAACCUGUUCACCCAGUAACGACGUACUUGGAGAUCUCAGACACCACUUUGGCACAAAAGCUUCAAGAUAUCGAUACCUUGGACGAACAAAUCGUGAAGGCUCGUGUAAAAGCCGAUAAAUUGGCAGGAGAAUACGACGUCCUUAAUAUCCAGUUGGAAAAAGAAAGCUUGAAUGUAGAGAUUAAUGGAGAUAAGUUGCUGGAAUUGAGUUUAUUGUAA